AUGGGAAAUCCGGGAUGGCAACGUCCUAUGCAAGUCGCAGCGAACUCCGCCGAGGCCUACCAAGCUCAAUAUUUCGGACAAAACCAAUACCCAAAUCAGGAUAUCAGCUCGUAGAAAGUCUAAUACAACCAAGCACCAAUUAGUGGGGGACCAUCCAACCAAGCCGAGAACAACAAGCCUUCCAACCCAGUGCUAGAUCCUUGGACCCAACGAGACCGUACUAUGUCUGCAAACACUAGAGACACAUACGGUGUUAACAUUAUUUGGAAUGAGUUAGACCAGGCUGUGGGACGCCCGACAGAGACAAUCAACGCAUACGCCGCCACGAGAUCAGGCAAGGUCACAGGGAAUGAUAAGGGGCCAGCUAGUUUGAAACAAUCUUUACAGGCGUCCAGAAGAAAAAAAAAGGGCUCUGCUCAACAGACAUCGUCCAGCCAUCCUAAAUGA